GCCCCUACCCGGUGCCGCAUCCCGUGACGAGGCACGGGGCGCGGGCGGGCGCGGCGCACGAGCCGCGCGUCACUUCCGGCGCGGCGGCCCCAGCGGCGCCAUGGCCGUGUUCCACGACGAGGUGGAGAUCGAGGACUUCGAGUACGAUGAGGAGAGCGAGACGUACAGCUACCCGUGCCCCUGCGGGGACCGCUUCCUCAUCACAAGGGAGGACCUAGAGAACGGCGAGGACGUGGCCACCUGCCCCAGCUGCUCCCUGAUUCUGCGAGUCAUUUACGACCAGGAGCAAUUCAUGCGUGAGGAAGUCGUUGCAGAGCCUUUGGCAAACAAGGAAUUGAUUAAGUGCUGACUAAUACAUCAUGAACUGUUGCUGCUUUAGAAUAAGAAUGUGUGGGGAUGGCAGCUCUGGAGAAGAGACCUGGUCCUCCUCGUGGAAGUGCUCGCUGCUGUGAGAUACAAGUGCAAUAAGUGCCUGGCUGCAUAAUUUCAAUGAGAAUUUGUUGGGAUAUCAGUACAUAAAUGGGUUUUGCUCAAAGGGAUUGCAUGUUUUAAAACAAGUAUGAGUUGCCAUAUGGGUUGUAGAAGACAUAAUGCUAACUGAGAGCAAGUCAAUGUACAGAAGAAGUGCAUGGAGAUGUGAAGUUGCAGCAUUUAUCCAGAAGUGGACUUUUGGCCAAUGGAAAAAAAGCAGUGUUUUGUAUGGGUAUAUACCAGUGUGAAAUGGCAUAGAGAGCUGAAAUGUUGGGAGAUGGAAUUUACACAUUCAUAGGAGAUGAUGCCAUACAGAUUUGACACAGCAUGGCAUCACCCAUGUGAUGUGGCUCAUGUACUUCCUGCCCACAGGUAACCUGGGGAAUGUUGCUGGUAAAUUGUUUUCAGUAGUUGCAAGCACAAAAAAAAAAUGCCGUUAUAUUUACAGCUGCAGUGAAGGCAACACCUGAGUUGUGUUUCUUCAGCUGCUUUGAAACAACUUUGGUAGCUGUUACCAGAUGACUCUCUGACAUAAUAGGUGUAACACUUUUCUGGAGGUUGUGUGAAACAAGAGAAGUCAACCCCCUGCAGUUUGGAAUGAGGGAUUUGGAAUGAGCUUCUAAUUUCCACAUAUUUUCCCAAGAACUUGGCAGUUUGACUGCUGCAGUGAGUACAAAAUGGGCUGCAGUUCUUUGUGCCAUUUGCAGUAGUGCAUUUGCUGAAUUUCUCAGUCCUCCCACGUUAGAUUCUGUUUGCUUCCUGGAUAAGAGAUGCACACAUUUACCUUAAAGGGAUUUUUUAGGGUAGAAAAGAGUUGAAACAAUAAACUCCAAAGUACACUUGAUUCCAAGACUACUUCCUUGUAUUUACAAGCCACUGCAUUUAAAUAUUUAUUUAAAAUAAUAAUUAUUAGUGGUUUUUAGUAGAAUUUGACAUCUGUGAAUUAAAUUUGGGGGGAAAUACAUUUAUAUAGCUUUUCUGUAAUUAUUUUGUUCCAGACAUUAAAGAUAAACAAGUCUUACUUCCAUUUAACUGUUUUAGUUCUUGCAACAUUCUGUGAAUGUUAACGAUGAACAUUCUGAUUAUUUUUUUUUCCACACACACAAAAAUCAACCCUUAAAAACCAAACAAAUCCCGAAAAACAACUGCAAACUACACCCUUCAGUUUUGAAUGCAGUAUGCAGCACCCGAAGUGUUUUCAUGCCUAAACCAGAAGGUGGCACUCGGGUUACACAGUAGCUCUGGUUAAAAGAAACAACCAACAAAACAAACCAGUUGUGGUACUUUGCUUAGCUCUAUCUUGUCAAAUAUCUAUUUUGAUUCUUUAAAUAAAGAUAUUUAAACCCCCA